GCUGCUCCGACUACAACCACAGCUGCUCCAACCACAACUACAGAUGUUCCAACCACAACAACUGUCCUUCCAACCACAGCUGUUCAAACUACAACCACAGCAGCUCCGACCACAACCACAGCAGCUCCAACCACAACUACAGCUGUUCCAACCACAACUACAGCUGUUCCAACCACAACAACAGCUGCUCCUACCACAACCACAGCUGCUCCUACCACAACCACUGCUGCUCCGACCACAACCACUGCUGCUCCGACCACAACCAGUGCUUCUCUGACCACAACCACAGCUGCUCCAACCACAACAACAGUUGCUCCGACUACAACCACAGCUGCUCCAACCACAACUACAGAUGUUCCAACCACAACAACUGUUCUUCCAACCACAACCACAGCUACUCCAACCACAACUACAGCUGUUCCAACCACAACUACAGCUGUUCCAACCAAAACAGCUGCUCCUACCACAACCACAGCUGCUCCUACCACAACCACUGCUGCUCCGACCACAACCACUGCUGCUCCGACCACAACCAGUGCUUCUCUGACCACAACCACAGCUGCUCCAACCACAACAACACUGCUCCUACCACAACCACUGCUGCUCCGACCACAACCACUGCUGCUCCGACCACAACCAGUGCUUCUCUGA